AUGCUAGUCUUUGCUGGCAGCUCCGCAGCGAACCAGAACGAUCUUUGGCGCUUCAGCUGGCGAGCCGGCUUGUGGACGGAGCUGCUCUCAGAAACCCGGCCACCAGCGAGAAGCCGGCACAGCGCAAUCCUUGAUUCAAUUUCACAAUCCAUGAUCAUCUUUGGUGGAUGGUCAGGGUCGGUGCCUCUACAUGACCCGUGGCAUUGCUCUUUAUGGACUCGUGUAUGGACACUGCUACAAAGUCCCCCAGGCCUUGCUGCGAGAGCCGGUCAUACAGCUGUUCUUGAUUCCGUGUCUGUGUCCAUGCUUGUUUUCGGGGGCAUAGCCUACAACAACGAGUCCUUCAGCUACGCUGGAGACUUGUGGAAUUACAGCCUGGUCACUGAUUCCUGGUCACAGCUUGCACCCCCUGGCCCGUAUCCAAGUCCUGAAGGCCGGGAGGAUCACUCU